UGAGAAACCUCUGAUAAGCCCUUGAAUUUAGCAACAACUCUAAGAAUAACUGAAUUUAUCUAUGGCUGCCGGCGGCAACAAGAGAAAGAGUCCCAACUUAUUGGUGACGGGAACGCCUGGGACCGGCAAAACGACGACGUCUACUGCUCUGGCGGAGGCCACCAAUCUCCGCCACAUCAAUAUUGGAGAUUUGGUCAAGGAGAAAAACUUGCACGACGGCUGGGACGACGACCUCCAGUGCCACAUCAUCAACGAAGACCUCGUGUGUGAUGAACUUGAAGAUGUAAUGGAAGAAGGGGGAAACAUUGUAGAUUAUCAUGGUUGUAAUUUCUUUCCGGAGCGAUGGUUCGAUCUUGUCGUAGUUCUUCAAACCGACAACACUGUGUUGUAUGAUCGGUUGAGUAAAAGAGGUUAUGAGGGUGCCAAGCUUUCAAACAACAUAGAGUGUGAAAUCUUUCAAGUACUGCUAGAGGAGGCAAAAGAAAGUUACCCAGAAGAUAUUGUAAUAGCUUUGAAGAGUGAUAAUAUUAAGGAUAUCACUAGAAAUAUUUCAACCAUAACUGAUUGGAUCAGGAGCUGGCCCCGAGCAACUUGAACGCGUGCAAU